GUGCCGAAGCGUUGCGUCGUCACCGGCGGCCUUGGCUUCGUGGGCCAGCGCCUGGUCGAGACGCUUGUGGAGCGCGGCGCAGAGCAGGUUGUUUCUUUCGACAUAGUGCCGCCUGCAGCCAAUGUGUGUCAGAACAAGGCCAUCAAGUAUGUCACGGCAGACCUUUGUGACUUCGACGCAGUUCUGCAAGCCGUUGAAGGUGCAGACUGUGUUUGGCACAAUGCAGCUGCGGUUGGCCCAUUCCUGCCGAAGCACUUUUACAAGAAUGUGAAUGUGAUCGGGACAAGGAAUGUGCUGGAGGCGUGCAAACAGCAAGGAGUGAAGAAGCUGGUGUUCUCAUCAACUCCGUCCUCACGCUUCACCUGCACGGAUGAUGUUGAUGGCCAAACCGAGGCAGAGAUGCCCGAUAUUCCUCAGGAUCGCUAUGUGGCCGAGUAUUCGGCAACCAAGGCAGAAGGAGAACUGCUGCUGCGCAAGGCUUGCAAGGAGGGUGAGAUCCUCUUCAUUGCAGUCGCCCCUCACACUGUCUAUGGGCCACGGGACAACCUGUUCCUGCCUAACCUGUUGGAAGCCGCGGGCAUUGGCAAGCUGCGUGUCUUCGGCAGUGGCAAGAGUCGGGUUGGGUACACGCACGUGGAUAACUACUGCCACGGCCUGGUUAUCGCUGAGAAGCAACUGUACAAAGAAUCCCCGCAUCUCGGGAAGUUCUACGUAUGCACAGAUGGCGCGACUCACCCACAUCCGAAGGGAUACAGCGUCUUCUGGGAAGAACUGGAUCAGGCAGUCACCGGCAUGGGCUUCGACUCCUUGUACAGCAAGAUGGCUCUUCCCUAUUUCCUGCUGAGGAUUGUCGCCUUCAUCUGCGACACGAUCACUGCAUUUACUGGGAGGAAGUUAAAGCUCGGCUGGUUCACCCUUCGGAUGCUGACCAUGCACAGGUGGUUUCGCAUCACAGCUGCGCAGACUGACCUUGGUUAUCAGCCCGUGGUGUCAUACAAAGAGGGGUGGCCAGACACCAUCGAAUGGUUCAGGAAUAAGUGGCUGCCGACUUUCGAUCCGAAGACGGCAUCUGGCACCACCGGGUCCAUAGCGCAGCAGACGGUCGACAAGGUGAAGCUACAGGAGCAGAAAAUGCAAAAGUGA